AUGUCUCAAUCUAGGAACAAAUUUAAUACACCUACUCAAAUUUCUCAUACCAAAUGGUUGGAUUUUAAAGAAUUCCGUUCAUGGAUAGCGCCAGUUGAUGGGGAUACAACGAAGGCUUGGUGCAAUAUUUGUGAACGUACGAUUCGUGCUGAUUUAAAGGUGUUACGAGCACAUGGUGUAAGUAGAAACCAUACUCGUAAGAUGGUUACUCAGGGUCGUAAACCUGAUGAAGAUUAUACCCAAGCUUUAGAAAAUAAGAAAAGAAAUAAAUCUAUUAUUGAGUCAGCUAUGUUCUCUCCGAUUGAAUCAAAUACUACUGAAGAAAUGAUUACAUCUGAAAUGGAAACACAGUCAGAACAUGGCAAAUAUAUUGUGGUAUUACACAAUGAAAAUGACGGUCCUCAUACUUCUAGCUCAGAUACUCAAUACGUACAAAAAGAAGUUAAUGUAAUUGACAAGUCUGGUAAUUUGGUGUCUGUGGUUACUGAACCUUAUGCACAGAAAAAUAAAG